GCGGGGGUGUGCGGUCUGCUGCUGCCGCGGCCACGCGGGCCCGGGAGCCCCGGGACGCACAGGCCCAGGAGCCCUGGGACGCACAGAAGCCCCCAUCGCGGCGGAAACUGCGGCCAGCGGUGCCGGGGCCGGUGGAGGGACGGCCGGAGCAGCGGAGAACGAGCGGAGCCGAUCCUCCCGCGACAGUGGACGCGCCCGGGACGGGGCCUGGGGGGGUUCUUCGCGCGCGGCCGGGCCGGGCCGGGCAGUUUGGGACGCGCUGCCGCCAUGAUCAUCCCUGUACGCUGCUUCACUUGUGGCAAGAUCGUCGGCAACAAGUGGGAGGCUUACCUGGGGCUGCUGCAGGCCGAGUACACUGAGGGGGAUGCGCUGGAUGCCCUGGGCCUGAAGCGCUACUGCUGCCGCCGGAUGCUGCUGGCCCAUGUGGACCUGAUCGAGAAGCUGCUCAAUUAUGCACCCCUGGAGAAGUGACCACGCUGGAACCCACCCACCUGCUGUGCUGACCAUGGGCCCUGAGCGUCCUGCCCCGAAUUCACGAGGCUGAGACAUCUGGGAGCUGGUGCAAUGCCUGGCCGCAGCGUGUGUGUAUCCCGUCCCCCACUCUGGAAGGAACCAUCCAGUAAAGGUCUUUCAGAACCACCAAGGUCCCAGCCCUCACUAGGAUGGCAGGAGCCAGGUCUAGGCCCAGCUCUCACACUGUGGCAGCCCAGUGAGGCAGACUGGGCCAUGAACUCUCCUAGCCCUGGGGCCAGCCUGUUCCACAGGCACCCCUGCAGGAGGCGCUGCCAGGAGAGCCUUCCAUCUCGGGGCUCUUUGAGGUUCCCUCCUUCUGGGCUUUCUUCAGGCUGAGCAGAGAGGCUCCUGUACCCUCUCUCUCGGAAUCUGAAGAGCCAGAUUUAGGCCGGGCGAAGGGGCUCACCCCUAUAAUCCCAGGACUUUGGGAGGCCAAGGCAGGAGGAUCACUUGAGUCCAGAAAUUCAAGACCCGCCUGGGCAUCAUAAUGAGACCCCAUCUCUACAACAAAAUUUAAUAAAUUAGCUGGGCACAGUGUUCA